CCCCCCCCCUUCCUGGGCGUUUCCGGUGGGGAGGGGAGAGUCCGGGAAAGCGGGCGGUGCGCCCAGGGCGCUGUGCCAAGUGUGCGCCCAGGGCGCACCGGGGCUCCCCUGCUGCCGCUCCUGGGGGUGGACGAGGGGCGGGGGCUGUAAUUCUCCACCCCAAGCCCGGGGUAAGAGGCGGCUCUGAAAGUCCCUAGCGUUCAGCUGAGCGGCCGGGGAAGUCCCGGUGGCCCUUCCUCUACCCCGGCUGCCUGCUGCAGCCGCCCUGGCUUCAGUCGGGGGCUGUGGGCACCCACGGGGCAGCCAGGCCGCCCCCUCCCUGCGCGCCCGCUCCCUGGAGGUGCCCCGGGCUGCAGGGGGCACCUGCGGAGGAAAUGAGAUUGCAAAAGGGCAGAACCGGGUUUGGCUGGUGACCCCUCCCCCACCCGGGGGGCAAAGGACCUAGGAGACCGAGCGGGGUUUGUUUGGUAACCCCCCUGCACCCCACCCCGGGGGCAAAGGACCCAGGAGACCGAGCCGGGUUUGGUUGACGACCCCUCCCCCACUCGGGGGGCAAAGGACCCCGGAGCCUGAGGAAUGGCGGAGGAGAUGCCCGUGGACCUGAGGACGUGGCGGAAGGGGGACACCCCCGGGUGCCAGGGGAGAGGGGUUCCCCGUCCCAAAGACCCCGGGGUGCAGCGGGCUCUUCAGGGCAGCGGGGCAUUGCCUUCACCCUGGAACGGCGCAGCGGGGGGCCCAAGGACUCCUCCCCCGCACCCCGGGGCGCCGAUCCCGGGGCCCCUCGACGAGGGGGGCAGGAAAGCGGAGACCUCGCUGCCCCUGCGCAAACGCCGCUAUGCAGUGCAGGAGCCGGGCUGGGAGCGGCCGGGGCCCCCAGCCGGGAAGGUGCCCAAGACGGAGAGCAAUGGGGGGCAGGAGGGCGUCUCCGGGGCGCAGCGCUCCCCCUUUUGCAACGGCUACUGCCCCCCCUACGUGGCUGUGGACUACACCCGCCUGCCAGCUCCCUAUCUCAUAGGUCUAACCGGACCCUUCCUGGUCCCGGAGCGGGCCCCCAUCUUCCACCCCGUGGCCCCCCACCCCCUGCUGCCGGCCCCCCUGCUGGGGCGCCCCGCCACUCCCUACCCCCUUCUCUGCCCCCUGCAGACCCAGCUGGCUGCUGACAUCGCUACGGCGAUCAAGCAGGACGAGGAUGGAGACACGGCUCUGCACAUCGCUGUGGCCCAGGGGAACCUGCCCGUGGCCCAGCGCCUGGUUAGCCUCUUCCUACAGGGUCAGCGGGACCUGGACAUCUACAACAACCUGCGGCAGACCCCCUUGCACCUGGCAGUGAUCACCACCCAGCCGUCCCUAGUGAAGCUGCUGCUCUCGCAUGGGGCUUCCCCAAUGGCACUGGACCGGCACGGCCAGACGUCGGUGCACCUGGCCUGCGAGCACGGCAGCCCCCGGUGCCUGCGUGAGCUGCUGGAGUGGGGCAGCGACCAGCCGGAGCUCGAGGCCCGAAACUACGAGGGUCUCACUCCCCUGCACGUAUCUGUGGCCACCUCGAACCGGGACACCGUUCUGCUUCUGCUGGAGCAUGGGGCGGACAUCGACGCUGUGGACAUCAAGAGCGGCCGCUCCCCCUUGCUCCAUGCGGUGGAGAACAACAGUUUGGACAUGGUGGAGCUGCUGAUACAAAACGGGGCAAGUGUGAACGCGCAGUCAUACGCGGGGUGCACGGCGCUGCACGUGGCCAGUGGGCGGGGGCUGCUGGAUGCCCUGCGGCUGCUGGUGCGGAACGGGGCCGACUGUGGGAUCAAGAACUAUCACAACGACACGGCGCUCAUGGUGGCCAAGAACCGGCGGGUGAUCGACAUCCUGAGGGGAAAGGCCUCCCGGCCUCCCCCAGCCCCCGAUGGCACCAGGGAUGGGGCCUCCCCGACACCCAGUUCAGCCAGCUCCCCGGGCGCCCGCCUGACCCCCAAUGGUCUGCCCAUUGCCUCCCCUGGUUCCCCACCUUCUGCCCCGAGCCCUCCCCACACCCCAGGAGCCUGCAGAACUGUCCCAACCAAUCAGAGACCAGAAACUGCUGAGCCAGCCAAUGGGGCAUCAACCACUGGCCCCCUCCAUGGGGUGAAGCUGGAGGGAAAUAUGACCCCGCCCACCCUGGGGCAGCCAAUGGGCUCUGCCAGUGCCCCCAAGCCCUUUCUGCGAUUGGCCGAAAGCCUGCUGGAACCUGCCCUCCAUGGUGCCAUCUAUCCAAUUGCAUCUCCUGGCCAGGACACCUCAACCAAUCACCUCUCGCUGCUGCCUGGCGCCUUUCACCCGCCCAUUGUCUCGCUAGCCCAGGGGCUGCCACCCAAUAGGAUUCACCCGAGAGGUGCCGGGCUGGACCAAUCACGGACUCCGCGUGGGGCAGGGAGCCCUCCCGCUGGUGCGGCCGAGGGGCAGUGGCUUCACAGUGGGGGCAGCUGACAGUGGAGUCCUGGGGGCUGCUGCCCCUCCCAACCCAGGGACCCCAGGGGACUCUAGCCCUGGGGAUGUAGCACUGGGGUGACCAUCUCCAAGAGAACCCUGCAUCUCCGUGCACAGGACCCCGUCUGUUCCUGAUGGACCCAGGCAUCCGGGCCUCCUAGUGGGACCCUCACUGCCAGUGACAGCUGCCUAUUCCCCUACAGGACCUAGGAGUCCGGGAGGCUCCAUGGAGGGGGAACCCAUAUGCUCCUAUGGGGCCCAGAUUCCAGCCUGGGUGAAGCCCUGAAGAGAGUGCUGUCUGACAGUCCCCCUUGCAUUUGCCUCCCCAUGCCUGGGGUGCUGGGGGGGGGCAGUGUGUCCUCUCUUUGCUCUCCCCUCCCCCAGGAGCCCUGCCAGGACCCCUGCCCCACAACUCGGGCAGCCCCUGGGGAGGUCGCCGCAAAAGCCCAGGGUGGAGUUGGCGGAACAAGGCUGGGGGGUCACUGGGGGAGAAUUGGCUUCACUGAGACUGGACUCGCAGGGGCCCUCUAUGCCCCACCCCCCCCAAAGGCUGCUGGGAGCCAGGCCAAGCCCUCACCCCCCCCAUUCACUAGCAUUAACCCUUCUGCUCCCAGGCUGCCCCCUCAGUGCUCUCCUGGAUGCAGAAGCAGGUGGGCAGUGGGAUCCUGCUCACCCCACCUCAGAGUUGCUGCCAGUCACUGAUACUUGAAUCUCCUUUUUGGGGGGGGUUAUGGGGGUAACUUAUGGGGGGGGGUCUUUUCUAAGCCUCUAAUAAAAUAUUUUUUGUACUUUU